GUUUCAUAAUUUCAUUCAGUUGCGCUGCAGACGUCAAUCAAAACAAGUGUGUUAUAAAAAUCGUUGCAAAAUGUUGUGGGAAACAUUAAUUUUGGGUUCAAUUUUGCUAUAUUUAUUCUAUCGUUGGGCCACGCAAAAUUUUGAUUUCUUCGAAAAACGUGGUAUACCGUACGACAAACCGGUACCGGUGUUUGGUAGUUUAAUAGAUAUUACGCUGCGUCGCGGCUCGAUAUUUUAUACGAUCAAAGAUCUCUACAAUAAAAAUAAGGAAAGCAUUUAUGGCAUAUUUUUCCAGACGACACCCGUAUAUCUCAUACGAGAUCCGGAACUUUUGCGUAAAAUUACAGUCAAAGAAUUUGAUCAUUUCAUGAAUCAUCGUGACUUUUUCGGUGAUAGUCCUCACGAUCUAUUUACUAACUCCUUAAUUCAAUUGAAGGAUGAGAAGUGGAAAGAUAUGCGCAGCACCUUGAGUCCAGCUUUUACUGGCAGCCGGCUACGUCAAAUGUUCGAACUGAUCAAUCAGGUGGCCGAGCAGAGUGCUAAAUAUCUGCAGCAAUUGCAAACGGCAGGAAAUGGUGAGGGUGUUGAGUUGGAAUUAAAGGACUACGCAACGCGUUUCGCCACCGACGUCAUUGCUUCAACGGCGUUCGGACUGCAAGUGAAUUCAUUUGAAAAUAAAGACAAUCAAUUCUUUAUGUCGGGCAAGAAGGCGACCACAUUCAAUUGGAAAUUGAAUCUGCGGUUCACUCUCUUCAUACAUUUCAAGAGUUUGAUGAAGUUUCUGAAAAUGGAGCUGUUUGAUCCAAGCAUAACGAACUACUUCCGUCGUCUGGUGCUCGAUGCGUUGAAAUACCGCAAGGAGCAGAACAUUCGUCGUGCCGACAUGAUUAACUUACUUAUGGAGGCGCGCGGUCUGUUUCCAACCGAAUCGACUAAGUCACACACGCGUAAUUGGACCGACACAGAAAUGGUCGCACAGUGCUUCAUUUUCUUCUUCGCCGGCUUCGAAACAGUCUCGACAUUGAUUUGCUUCGCAGCGCAUGAGCUCAUGGAGAAUCCAGAGGUGCAAGAAAAAGUCUAUCAAGAAAUCGAGGAAGUCAACGAACGUCUUGAUGGUAAACAGGUGACCUAUGAAGCUUUGCAGAGUAUGAAGUAUUUGGAUAUGGUUAUCAGCGAAACAUUACGUAAGUGGCCAGGCGCCGUUAACCUUGACCGAAUGUGUACCAAAGAUAUUGUGCUCGAAGUCGACGGCAAACGUAUUGAAAUAAAGAAGGGCGAAACUAUUAUGAUACCUGUGGUGGGUCUGCAACACGAUCCACAAUACUUCCCAAAUCCGGAAAAGUUUGAUCCCGAACGUUUCAGCAGUGAGAACAAAGACAAUAUCAAGCCGUUCACCUACAUGCCUUUUGGAGAGGGCCCCAGAAUUUGCAUUGGUUCACGUUUCGCUUUAUUGGAAGCUAAGGCAAUCUUGUAUUACCUUGUGCGCGAUUUCCGCAUUGCUCCUGCCAAAAAGUCAACGAUUCCUAUGAAAUUGGGUAAUACUGGUUUUCAGGUGGCACCCAAGAACGGAUAUUGGCUUAAACUUAUUAGCAGAAGCAAACAAUAAACUCAAUUGACAGUAACUUUGUGUUAUUUAAUGUUAUAGACCUCUGGAAUGCUUUUUGAUAUUAUUUAAAAGAAUAAAAGUUUAAACGAAUUGAAA